UCUACUCGGCGCAUAGAAGAUAAUUUACAGGAUAAUUCCUUAAUUGGACUCAAGCAUUUUCUUCAGAUGGAUGUUGAUGAUAAUAUGACACGUAUUAUCCUUGGGGGGCAUGUACAGCUUUCAAAAUAUAGAUAUGUUUAUUUCUCAAUUACUUUUCUUCUCUUCAUUCUAAUUAUCUGCAGUAAUACUGUUGUUUUAUAUGUCAUCUAUGCCCAUGAAAGCCUUCACAAACCCAUGUAUAUUUUUGUUGCUGCUUUGCUUAUGAACGCCCUGUUUGGAAGCAUAACCAUGCAACCCAAACUAUUUCCCGUCCCCUGCCGGUUACAGAGCUUUUUAAUAUACGUAUAUGCUAGUUGUGAAUUCACACUGUUGUCAGCGAUGGCUUUUGAUAGGUAUGUAUCCAUAUGCAGACCUCUCCAAUACCACUCCCUUGUCAGGACACAAACUGUCAACUUAAUUUUGGUUUUGGCUUUUUGUUUGCCUAGUUGUAAAAUUGGAAUUGGUAUUAUUUUGUCAACUAAUGCAGGACUAUGCAAGUUUGUGAUAAUGAGAAUUACUUGUGAUAACUAUUCUCUUGUCAAAGCGGGGUGUGGGGACUCCACCAUAAGCAAUGCUUAUGGGCUUGGGGUAAUGGUACUUUCUAUACUUCCACAUCUAAUAUUUAUUAUGUUUUCUUACGCAAGAAUAUUUUCUAUUUGUCUGAGGAGCUCCAAGGAUUUCAGGAGAGGGGCUCUCAACACGUGUCUCCCCCACCUUGUUAUAUUUCUGAACUUCACCAUUAUCAUAAUGUUUGAAAUUAUUCAAACAAGAAUCCCUUCUGGUAUACCGCAUAUUGUUCGUCUUAUAGUGUCUCUUCUGUACGUUGUGGUUCCUCCUCUCUUCAAUCCUCUCAUGUAUGGAUUUAAAAUGCAAGAGAUAUCUCAACAUCUUGUAGUACCAUUCAAGCUGAAAUAAAAAAAAAAAUUGUCAGAUGAUGUGCUAGUAGACAGAGGACUGCUAAAUAUAUGCUUUUGUCAAAUACAACUAAAUAUUGUUGUUAGAUAAGAUGUUGUGCAUAACUUAGAAAUAUAAUAAGUGUGGAAUUUGUUAGAAAUGCAUCUGUCAUCUAUUAGUGAGUUCAGUGCCUGCAUGUUGUGCAUGGUUCUGUAGGUGACAAUAUGGAAUAUGGAGAAAUGGAGGGAGAGAAGUGGUUCUGGUUGUGUAUUUUCAAAGUAGCCUUCUGCUAUCUCUUUUUAAAACUCUCAAAUACUACUCCAUACUCUCAAAAGGUUUUUCAUUUAUUUGACCUUGUUGGCCAUAACAGAGUGGGACUUCUAAUAUUUGUUCUUUAUUAAAAGGGAGAUAUGGUAAUAUACACUCAAAUAUACAUAUGCUCAUACUUGGCAUUUUAUUUUGUGCUAUUAGUCACUCAACAUAAUAACUGCAUACUUUGA